GAAGGCCACAGAAUUUACUCACCCACACACACCAUCGACCCCUCCGUAACGCACAGUGUGAUACGCAGAGAUAGCGAUCGAGCCGAGCGCCAUGGCCGAGGAGGCAACAAGGGCGGUCAGGGAAGAAGAGCUGUCGCCGGUGGCGGAGGGGGCGCCCGUGACGGCCCGGCGGCCCGUCCGAGCGGACCUGGAGAAGCGCAUCCCGAAGCCCUACCUGGCCCGAGCCCUGGUGGCGCCGGACGUGUACCAUCCCGGAGGGAGCAAGGAGGGCGGGCACCAGCACCGCCAGAGGAGCGUGCUGCAGCAGCACGUCGCCUUCUUCGACAUGGAUGGCGACGGCGUCAUCUAUCCAUGGGAAACUUACCAAGGACUGAGGGCAUUGGGCUUCAACAUGAUCGUCUCCAUCCUCAUCGCAAUAGGCAUACAUACUACCCUGAGCUACACAACUCUGCAUAGCUGGGUGCCAUCUCUCCUUUUCCCAAUCUACAUCGACAACAUCCACAGGGCCAAGCAUGGGAGCGACACCGCGACUUAUGACUCAGAGGGAAGGUACAUGCCGGUGAACUUCGAGAACAUAUUCAGCAAGAACGCCUCGCCGGAUAAGCUCACAUUCCGGGAAAUCUGGAUGAUGACCGACGGCCAACGGCAGGCGAACGACCCAUUUGGAUGGGUGGCGAGCAAGGGGGAGUGGAUGCUGCUGUACAUGCUCGCCAAGGACGAGGAGGGGAACCUUCCGAGGGAGGCUAUUCGCCGCUGCUUCGACGGUAGCCUCUUCGAGUUCAUCGCCGACGAGAGGAGGCAGGCACACGGGAAGCGGCAGUAGCAUGCAACGCUGCCGGCCCGGAACGUCUUCAUGUGUAUUGUGUAAGACUGUGGACUAGCUACCGCCUCAUGUAUUCCUACCAUGAAGUAAUAAGUUGUGCCCUCCUCAAAGUUUCAUCAGGAAAAGAAACACCGUCGUCGUUUUCAAUGAUAAUUUGAAACAAUUGAGGCUGCUCGCAUGGAAUUGCCAUUAGUUGGGUAACGGCUCAACAAUUUGCAUUCA